AUGUCAACCUCCAACAUCAGUAAUAAGAAUCUCCCAGACACUCUCUUCCUGACAGGAAUCCCAGGGCUGGAGUUUGCCCAUAUCUGGAUUGCAAUUCCAUUCUGUGCCAUGUACCUGGUAGCACUGCUUGGCAAUGCUGCCAUCAUCCUGGUCAUUGUGAUGGACAGUGCCCUGCAUGCUCCCAUGUACCUCUUCCUUUGUCUUCUCUCACUCACUGACCUGGCUCUCAGCUCCACCACAGUGCCCAAGACACUUGCCAUUUUGUGGCUCCAUGCAGGUGAGAUUUCCUUUGCUGGAUGCCUGACCCAGAUGUUUUGUGUCCAUGCUAUCUAUGCUCUGGAGUCCUCAGUUCUCCUGGCCAUGGCCUUUGAUCGAUAUGUCGCUAUUUGCAACCCACUGAGAUACACAGUUAUCCUCAACAAUACAGUAAUAGGCAGUAUUGCACUUGUUAGCAUACUCCGUAGUAUAGCUUUUGUCUCCCCAACUAUCUACCUGCUGAUGCGACUGCCCUAUUGUGGCCACUAUGUCGUGGCUCACACAUACUGUGAGCAUAUGGGCAUCAUUGCCACAGAUCAAAUCCCUAGAGAAGGCUACCUGAGUUUUCACAUCUGA